GACGAAUUUAGAAAAGGUGUCGUAGUUGGCGAAGAAGUGCUUGAACGAUCGGGAAUAGUUGCGAUUGGUGAUUCUGGAAACGAUGUCGUAACUGUCGUAGGACUGGUUGUCGGCACUCGUCCUGGAGUAGUUGCCGGCGCAGUACUAGUUCCUGGCUCUGGUGAAGGAGUCGUUGUUGUCGUAGUUGAGCCUUCAGGUUCUAGUGAAAGUGUGAUGCUUGGCGUGGUGGUUGUUGUUGGCUCUGGAGCUGGAGUCGUAGUUGUUGUUGUUGAGCCUUCAGGUUCUGGUGAAGGCGUGGUUUCUGGCGUAGCAGUGGUUGCUGGCUCCGGAGCUGGAGUCGUAGUUGCAGUUGAGCCUUCAGGUUCUGGCGAAAGUGUGGUGGUUCCCGUAGGAGUGGUCGUUGGCUCUGGUGCUGGAGUCGUUGUACUUGUAGUUGAGCCUUCUGGUUCUGGUGUAGGCGUGGUUUCUGCCCUUGUAGUGGCUGUUGGCUCUGGUGCUGGAGUCGCUGUUGUUGUAGUUGAGCUUUCUGGUUCUGAUGUAGGCGCGGUUUCUGGCGUAGUAGUGGUUGUUGGCUCUGGCGAGGUUUCUGGCCUUGUAGUGGUUGUUAGGUCUGGUGCUGGAGUCGUUCUUGUUGUAGUUGAGCUUUCUGGUUCUGAUGUAGCGGUGGUUUCUGGCGUAGUAGCGGUUGUUGGCUCUGGUGAUGGAGUCGUUGUUGUUGUAGUUGAGCCUUCUGGUUCUUGUGUAGUCGUGGUUUGUGGCUUAGUAGUGGUUGUUGGCUCUGGUGCUGGAGUCGUUCUUGUUGUAGUUGAGCCUUCAGGUUCUGGUGUAGGCAUGGUUUCUGGCGUUGUAGUUUUUUUUGGCUCUGCUGAUGGAGUCGUUGUUGUUGUAGUUGACCUUUCUGGCUGUGGAGUAGGCGUGUCUUUUGGCGUUGUAGUGGUUUUUGGCUCUGGUGCUGGAGUCGUAGUUGUUGCAGUUGAGCCUACUGGUUCUGGUGCAGGCGUUGUUUGUGGCCUUGUAGUGGUUGUUGGCUCUGGUGCUGGAGUCGUGGUUGUUGUAGUUGAGCCUUCAGGUUCUGGCGCAGGAGUAGUUUCUGGCGCAGUAGUGGUUGUUGGCUGUGGACCUGGAGUCGUAGUUGUAGUAGUUGAGCCUUCUGGUUGUGGUGUAGGCGUGGUUUCUGGCCUUGUAGUGGUUGUUGGCCCUGGUGCUGGAGUCGUU